AUGCCUAUUCUGCCAACAAGUGAAGGAUUUUGGCCAUUUUUGGCCAAAUUUUCUGUCCUUUUCCCCAAAUUCGAGCAUCCUGAAGCUGAUGGUGGGCUCCGUUUGCCUAGAUUCGAGCUUGUGGCGUACGAAGAAGGUGAGAUUGGCAGCGGCUUUCAACAGAAAAUUUGGCCACCACCGACGACAUUGCGGCUAAUGAAGGAGGUGAAGUCAGUUGUUCCCCUUUGGGCUCUAGACCACAAAAACAAUCAAGAUAGGACACCAAGUGAAAUAUUUACUCAAAAUCACAAAGAAUUGGUGGAGGGAGAAAAAUGGAUGAAAGAUACAGCAACUUCAUGCACAGUAGUAGGUGCUCUCAUAUUUACUGUCAUGUUUGCUGCAGCUUUUACAGUUCCUGGAGGCAAUGAGGAUUCUGGAUCGCCCGUUUUCUUAGCCAACAAAUGUUUUGAUGUUUUUGGGAAUACCUCUAGAUAUCCAGAAGAAGAUUUCCCUCAAUCUUUGCCUAGGAAGUUGAUGUUUGGCCUUUUCACCCUUUUCGUCUCCAUUGUCUCCAUGAUGGUAGCCCUUUCUGCUACAUUUUAUAUUGUGGUUAUAGACAGAUGUUCAUGGAUUUUCUUUCCUGUCAUUGUUUUUGCUUUCUUUCCAGGCGCUAUAUUUGCAAUUAUUCAACUUCGUCUUCCGGUUGAGAUUGGGCGGUAUACUUAUGGAGGAGGAAUCUUUGAUAAGAAAGCUAGGAUUUGA